AUGGCAACAAAGAUAUUGCCAUUUUACCAAAAGAGGCAUAAGCAUUACGACUACAACUACCGCAGCUCUGACCGCAAAAGCCUUGUCAAGCGGUACACCAGUAAAAGCAGCUCGACCAAAAGGUCUUCAUCGGAACUUCAAGUGUCUUCAGUCACAUCCCAGACUGCCAAAUUCAGUCCUUGUGCCAAGAGGGUCUGCCAUUAUCCUGUGGAUGAAGUUCCUGAGUACACCAUGCCUUCAUUUACCAGCAGAGAGGGGGAAGAGGAGCCACGCAAGGUUAAACCAAGAUCCUUUCCGUAUGGCACCAAGCUCAGGGCCAUGGAGGAUGAGAUUGCCAGGCUGAGCAGAUCUGCUCAUGAACAAGCAGACAUGCUGGCUCUCAAAAGAAUGGUAAAGGAGAGGACAGCUUUGCAGAGACACAUCCGUGAGGAUACAAUAUGCCGUGCUCCUGACUUCCUCGUCCGGUUAAGGUCCCACACAGUCUGGGAGAACUCCUUUGUGAAAUUGUUUUGUACAGUCCAAGGAUUUCCGACACCUUUAGUCAGAUGGUAUAAAGAUGAUGUCUACAUUGACCAGACAGGUACACCAGGCAAAUACCGAAUGGACAGUUAUUACGGUGUGCACUCUUUGGAGAUUAACAGAUGCACAACCAACGACACCGCUCAGUACACAGCUGUGGCCUUCAACAUCCACGGGGAGGCUUCGUCCAGUGCUGCUGUCAUUGUCAAAAGGUUCCAUGGAGAUGAAGAGCCUUACCACUCGGUCCUGCUCCCAGUGAAGCUUCCUCUGCUGUCGCCUCCAGUUUUCACACAGAUAGAUAUCCAAUACAGUGAGAAGUUUGGGGUGAGCUUUGGCACAGAGGGAGAGACGAUGAUCCUCACCUGCCGGAUGAUCCUGACUCCAAACAUUCACCGACUCCAGCCAGAGGCUGUGUGGUACAGGGAUGACAUUGAGAUAAAGAAGUCUAAGUGGGCCACAAUGCAGUACAAAGACGGCACUGCCAUCCUGACCCUCCCUCACCUGAAUAAAGAUGAUGAAGGCCUGUACACACUACGCUUGGUUACGAGGGGUGGCAUCUCCCAACACAGUGCUUACCUGUUUGUCAGAGAUGCCGCCGCCCCAGUGGCUGGAGCCCCAGGAGCACCAAUGGAUGUCACGUACUAUGAUGCCAACAAGGAUUAUGUCAUCCUCACCUGGAAACCGCCAAACGUCACCCACGAGAGUCCCGUGAUUGGAUAUUUUGUUGACAGAUGUGAAGCUGGAACAGACAACUGGAUCCAGUGUAAUGACGCCCCGGUUAAAAUUUGCAAAUAUCCCGUGACCGGCCUGUUUGAAGGACGUUCCUACACUUUCCGUGUGCGCGCUGUGAAUAAAAGUGGAAUCAGCAAGCCCUCCAGGGUCACGGACACCGUGACGGCCUUUGACCCUGCUGACUUCGCAAGGCUGCAGACCAUCCAUUUUGAUGCAAGCAGACAGAUCAUGAUUUCCCAGGACGACUUGGAAGGGGAUGUGAAGAUCCCGGGCUCACCCACCAACGUCCACACAGCCGAGACCAGCAAGAACUACAUCGUGCUCAGCUGGGAUCCACCGGAUCCACGGGGCAGGGACCCCCUGAAGUACUAUGUUGAAAAGACGAUGGCUGGGAGCUCCUCCUGGCAACGGGUCAACGUGGAGAUCGCCGCAAGAUCGCCACGACUUGCAAUAUUUGACUUGGUUGAAGGGAAAUCCUAUCAAUUCCGUGUCUAUGCCGUGAACAAGUCUGGUAUGAGCGAGCCAUCGGUGCCCACUGAGCCAGUCCUGGUCCAGGAUCGCAUCGUGACUCCAUCCCCACCAGGUGCUGUCCGAUGUGCGAGGAACACCCGGCAUUCGGUGGUUGUGCAAUGGGUACCUCCAAAGAGCGCCACUGAACUGAUUGGUUACUAUGUCGACUCCUGCCUGUUGGGAACCAGUGACUGGCAGCCGUGCAACCAUAAACCCGUGAAAUACACAAGAUUUGUAGUUCACGGCCUAAUAAACGGGCAAAAGUACGUCUUCCGUGUAAAAGCUGUAAAUGCUGUGGGAAUCAGUGAAGUCUCUCAGGAAUCGGAUCCCAUCGUUGUACAAGCAGCUCUGACUGUCCCAUCGUCACCCUAUGGGAUAACCCUCCUUGACUGUGCCAGCAAUUCCAUGACUCUGGGCUGGAAGGUCCCCAGGUUUACCGGGGGAUCAGACAUCACCGGCUACUACAUGGAUCAUCGUGAAGUUUCCGACCUGCACUGGCACGAGAGCAACAUUAAAGCCAUCUCUGGCACCGUGUAUAAGGUUGAAGAUCUGAAUGAAGGCUCCUUCUAUGAGUUUAAAGUGAGCGCCAUGAACCUCGGUGGUUUGGGCCUCCCUUCAGAAUCCAGUCGGCCUUUCAAGUGUGAAGCCUGGACCAUGGCUGAGCCAGGCCCAACCUACGACUUGACGUUCUGUGAAGUAAGAAGCCAUUCUCUAGUGAUCCUGUGGAAGCCGCCAAUCUACUCUGGCACCAGUACUGUCACUGGCUACCUGGUGGACAUCUGUGAGCUGGGCUCAGAAGAGUGGAAUACGGUGAACGAGCAACCUGUAACCACUCGGUACCUGAAGGUUACGAAGUUGGAGGAAGGGAGGAGAUACAUUUUCAGAGUGCGGGCAGUGAACUCAGCUGGAGCAGGGAUGCCUUCAGAGCCUUCGGAGCCCAUAUUGGUUCACGCCAGACCAGGAACCAAAGAGAUUUCCUCAGGCGUGGAUGCAGAAGGCAACAUCUACCUGAGCUUUGAGUGCUCCGAUAUGACGGAUGCCUCCCAGUUUACCUGGGGCAAGGCCUAUGAGGAAAUCACUGACUUCUCACGGGUCUGUGUUGAGACCGAGAGUGAAAGAUCCAAGUUGAUCUUCAAACGCCCCGACAUAUCAGACUUGGGAACGUAUUCCGUAGCUGUCUCGGACACCGAUGGCAUCUCUUCCAGCUUUGUUCUGGAGAAGGAAGAACUGGAACGGUUGUUGGCUUUGAGUCAUGAGAUCAGGCAUCCAACAAUCCCAUUGAAAAGUGAAUUAUCCUAUGAAGUCUUCGAAAAAGGACAAGUUCGUUUCUGGCUUCAAGCUGAACAUGUGUCAGCUGAUGCUCACUGCAAAUUCAUUGUCAAUGAUUUGGAACUGAAAGACAGUAAGGAACACAAGAUUACGUUUGAUAAAUCUACUGGUAUCAUUGAGAUGGUCAUGGAACAGUUCACGAGUAAGAAUGAAGGGACUUACACUGUCCAAAUCGAGGAUGGGAAGGCCAAAAACCAGUCCUCACUAGUGUUAAUUGGAGAUGCAUUUAAGGCCGCUCUGGCUGAAGCAGAAUUCCAGAGGAAAGAAUUCCUGAGAAAACAAGGUCCCCAUUUUGCAGAGUAUCUGCACUGGCAUGUGACCGAGGAAUGCGAUGUGCAGCUGAUAUGCAAGGUGGCUAACACGAAGAGGGAAACGGUGUUUGCUUGGUACAAAGAUUCUAUAUCAGUUUCUGUUGAAGAAUCGCCCAACCUCGAAACAGGAGAGUGCAGAAUGCACAUUUCAGAGUUCUCCAAGAAGGACAUGGGCGAGUACAUGAUGACACUGAAGGACGACAAAGGGAAGGAUACGUCUGUACUGGUGGUGGCUGGGAAAGUGUACGAGGAGAUUGUCCAGGAGAUGAGCAGAAUCAGUGGGCUGUCUGCUUCUGACCUGAAGAUAAAGUGCACUCCAGAAGGAAUAAGGAUUCUGUCCUCCUUGAAGUACUACAUGGAGGAUAUGAAGGUUUUCUGGUAUCACAAAGAUUCGAAGAUUGCUUCUUCUGAAAAGAUGAGGAUCGGCGGAAGUAAUGACCAGGUGUGGAUGCAGAUCUGUGAACCCACUGAGAAAGACAAAGGCAAAUACACCAUGGAGAUUUUUGAUGGCAAAACGUCUUACAAACGGAAUCUGGACCUCUCGGGAGAGGCUUACACUGAGGCGUACAAUGAAUUCCAGAGACUCAAAGCUGCAGCUUUUGCAGAAAAGAAUCGUGGCAAAGUUAUCGGAGGAUUGCCUGAUGUGGUCACUAUAAUGGAAGGCAAGACACUGAGCCUCACUUCCACCGUGUUUGGAGACCCAACUCCUGAGGUGACCUGGCUCAAGAACGACAAGGACUUGGAGAUGAAUGAUCACCACAGUGCAACUCUCGAGCAGGGGAAGUUUGCUUCCCUGACCAUCAAAGGCGUCACCACAGAGGAUUCGGGGAAAUAUGGCAUUAACGUCAGGAACAAGUAUGGUGGCGAGACGAUUGAUGUCACUGUAAGUGUCUACAAACAUGGAGAGGCGAUACCUGAGGUGAAGAGAGGAGUUGUUGUUCCUCCUCCCCCAGCCUCCAAGCCUGCAGAACCUCCAAAGAGUUCAAGGUUUGGCAGUAAAAAGUGAUGCCAAGAUGGUUUAACGUGGUAACUUAUUGUAAACUUGGCUUGAACUGCAGUGAGCAAUUACCCAUGAAGCUUAAUGUAGAAGCUGUAGUAUUAGGAAAGGCAACUGUAGUCUGUUCCUGUGCAUUGGACAACAUUUACCCUUUGGACAGUGCUCAUUUCUAAUGUGUCAAGUCACUCAGGAGAUUUCUCUGCUCUAGUCCUCCUGGUGAAUGAUGGUGGUGAGGUGUUGGCAAAAUCACUCAUUUACCCAACCUUAAUGUUAAUCAGCUGCCCUACAAAGGCCGCAAGUGCUGGAGCAGGGAAUCUCCGCUGUAGUCUUCUGGCUGAAUGACUGCACUUCCCAGCUGUUUACAGAGGGAUGCAGUUUGUAAAUUCAUCACUUCAGGGACGUGCAAGUAAAAUUGUAUCUACUGAGAAGGGUGUAAUGAAUCUCACCCCCAAGCAGCCACUACCAACCCUUGGCUAGA